AUGAAGAGUUUUUUCCUAGUUGUGAAUAUCGUUGCAUUAGCCUUGCCAUUUUUGGGUGCAGAGGUGCAAAACCAGGAACAGCCACCUUGCCGUGAAAAUGAUGAAAGACCAUUCAAUCAGAAAACUGCCAAGUAUAUCCCAUUUCAUUAUGUGCUGAAUAACUAUCCUCGCUAUGAACACACUUACUACCCACAUAGACCAGCUGUACCAAUUAAUCAUCAAUAUGUGCCUUAUCCAUAUUAUGCAAAACUAGUUGUAUUUAGGCCACAUGCCCAAAUUCCUCAAUGGCAAGUCCUGCCAAAUGCCUACCCACCCACCGUGGUACAUCGCCCACACCUUCAUCCAUCAUUUAUUGCCAUCCCUGCAAAGAAAAUUCAGGAUAAGACAGGCAUCCCUACCAUCAAUACCAUUGCUACUGCUGAGCCUACACUUAUUCCUACCACUGAACCAAGAGUGGACACUGUAGUCACUUCAGAGGCUUUCUCAGAAUACACCAUCACAAGCACACCUGAGACUACCACAGUUCCCGUUACUUCACCUAUAGUCUAA